GCUGCUUCCGACACACAUAGCCAAAUCUUAGGACACAAAUAUUUAUUACAUCUUUAAGAGGAAAACGCUGUAACAUGGACACCAAAUAAAAGCCGCCCCUAACGGUAACGGUAACGGUAACGGUAACGGUAACGGCGUUUGAGUGUUUUUCACUAUAUAGAUGAAAACUAAUAGAGUUAAGAAAAGGAAAUUAAUAGAGUUUGGAGUGAGACAAGAGAGAAGAGAAGAUUAGAGAGGAGAAGAAGGGUCAAAGAAUUCAUAGCAUCACUUAGUCAACGCUUUGAUAUAACUUCUUCUUCUUCUUCGUCUCCUCUCCUUCUCACAUCUCUCUGUCUUUCUCUUUCUCUCUCAAACCUAACAAAGCUUUAGACUUCAAUUCUUUAGCUACCUCUCUCCCAUGGCACGUUCGAAUGUACCCAAAUUUGGAAACUGGGAAGCUGAGGAGAAUGUUCCUUACACAGCUUACUUUGACAAAGCUCGUAAGACUCGAGCACCCGGUGGCAAGAUCAUUAACCCGAAUGACCCGGAGUAUAACUCUGAUUCUCAAUCACAAGCUCCUCCUCCUCCUUCCAGAACCAAAGCUGAGCAAGUUGAGCCGGUUAGAAGAUCGCGUGAGCAUAUGAGAAGCCGAGAAGAGAGCGAGUUGAAGCAGUUUGGUGAUGCUGGUGGUUCAUCAAAUGAAGCUGCUAACAAAAGACAAGGAAGAGCUUCUCAGAACAAUAGUUAUGACAAGUCACCUUUGCAUAAGAAUUCAUAUGAUGGUACUGGAAAAUCUAGGCCUAAACCUGCUAAUCUUAGAGCUGAUGAAAGCCCUGAAAAAGUCACAGUGGUGCCGAAGUUCGGUGACUGGGACGAGAACAACCCGUCAUCAGCUGAUGGAUACACACAUAUCUUCAAUAAAGUCCGCGAAGAGAGAAGUUCUGGAGCAAAUGUGAGUGGAUCUUCAAGAACGCCAACUCAUCCAAACUCCAGUAAACCUAACAAUACUUCCACAUGUUGCUGCUUUGGUUUUGGAGGAAAAUGAAAAGGAAAUGUUUCCGGAAGAUUGUAUAUAGUUAUCGAGAAAUCAGUGUGUAAUCUUAAUGAUCAGACCGACGAUCGAGCUUCUUUAGAUGAAAUAAGGCAUCAGUACCACUUGCAUAAGAUUUUAUAGUAUAGUUUUGUAUGCAUCUUUUGUAAUUUUUCCUUGAUACUUUUGGUGUUUUUUCAUAAGACACAAUCUAGUUUUGGACCUGCUUGCAGAUGCAUUAUAUCUUGGUACGGCCUGUCCGAUUUGGUUAACCGAUUUGAUACGAAUCAGAGAUAUUUGGGUACC